AGAGGAAAUAGCCGUGGGUUGACUGUCGAACGCUCUUACCUGCGGUAUUCCAACGUUAUUUUCUUCAGUUUGAAAAUUCCGUGAAAUUGUGUUUUCUAUUUCAUCAUAAAAUGACUUUAACCUUUAUCUUCAGCAUAAGUUUACGACUAUUUACUGAUAAAAUGGUACUCUACUACAGUGGAAGGGAUUAGUUCGAACGGAAUUCCAGUCUACAGGUGUUCAAAGCGUGAUUUCUACUUGACCUAAAGGUGUGUGUUCGACUAGCAGGGCCCCAUUAUGGUGACUCUCAGAUUUGCUGUUAUAACCCAAUUUCUUUUCGUCCUGGCCCAUCGACUUUCAUGGGCAUUUGCUUCUAAUGGAUGUCCGAAUGAAUUUCAAGAUAUGUGUGACUGUGGUUUCGUAUCAUAUGGUCAUGGAAGGAAACUGACCUAUGUUGUGAACUGCACAAAUGCCGGUUUUGACAAUACUAUGAUGCUAAGAAGUUUACCUCCUUCGACCGAAGUACUAAUUUUUGUAGGAAAUGAAAUAAAAGAUCUGCCACUUAACGUCUUUGGACAGGAAACAGUGUAUGACAAACUGCAUACAAUUGAUUUUUCGAAUAAUCAUAUCCAGACCAUAAAAGGAAGGACUUUUCAUAAUGUAGCAAAUGUGACAAAGUUGAUUUUGAAUGAUAACGAUCUCUACAUUGUUUCUAAGGACCAUCAUCCUAGAAUGUUCAGUAACUUUGUGAACUUGAGAGAACUACAUCUCAGGAACGCUUUUACUGAAAAAAUUAAAGCGGGCGAUUACUUGAAUAACUUAGCGGAAAUUUUUGAAAAUAGCUCUUUGAAUCAUUUGCGUGUUCUUAAUAUGGAAAACAAUGAAAUUUCUGGUAUUUAUCACGGUGAGUUUUGCUCCUUACCCGCUUUAGAAGAAUUGUAUUUGGCCGACAAUCACCUGAAAGACAUUCCAAUGAAUUUUUCAUGUUUAAAAUAUUUGAAAGUACUUGAUGUUGGCAAUAAUUUUGUUCCAUAUCUUAGUGAUCAAACUAUUAAAAGUUUAGAAAAAACAAAACAUUUAAAAUUGAAUUUAACCGCGAAUCCCUUUAAAUGUGAUUGUGGAAUGAUUAAUACUUACAAUUGGAUGACAAGUACUUCAUUGAAUUUAAUAAAUAAAGAACAUUUUUACUGCUUUGAAGGGUUUCCUCCGAAUGUAGGAAAGACAGUGUUGUCUAUACAUCCUAGUGAUUUUCAGUGCGUUCCUACAUUAAUUCAAAUUGAAUACCAUUCAUCUGCUUCCAUCAUAUUGACUAUUGGUCUGCUGUGCUUAGUAAUUUUCUUGGGUCUGCUUAUUUACAAAAACAGAGUAACUGUGGGUACUUACAUGCAUCGUGCCUUUCAGCCAAUUAGAAGUAAAUUUCACUACGUAUCACUGGAAAGGAGAGAUGGUACGAUGGAUGUUUAGGAACAAUUUUUUUUUAAAAAAAGGUCAAUUUAGCUUUUAUUUUGUUGUAUUUUUUUACCUGAAUAAUAAAAUUUUAGUCAUUCUUAAGUGA